UCUCACUCUGCCCAUUAUCUUCUUCUUCUUCUUCUUCUUCCCCAUUCAUACAAUCUAAUCAGUGACGCCGGCCCCACCUUCCGCAUUUAUAAGCUCGCUCUUUCUCUCUCUCAGUCCUCCGCCACCCUCUCUCUCUCGCCCGUCCCUGUCGCCGCUUCUCCAGGUGCUCUGACACCCCUUCCAUGGAAGAACAAUCCAAGCCCUAACCAAAUCCAGACCUAAAACCCCAAAACCCAGUGGAGUUCCCCGGCGGCCGGCAAUUAAUUAAACGAUGGAGAAUUACUCCUUCUCGUCCUAUCCGGAUUCCCACGACUCCUCCCCGCGCUCAAGAGAAAUGGACUGCGAAAACCCUUCCUGGGAUGAGCUUCCUUCCAACUUCAAAGUCAAGUUCAUGUGCAGCUACGGCGGCAAGAUUCAUCCCAGGCCUCACGACAACCAACUCGCCUACGUUGGCGGCGACACCAAGAUCCUCGCCGUCGAUCGCUCUAUUCGGCUUUCUGAUUUCAUUUCUAAGCUCUCCUCCCUCUACGGCGCCGACGUCUGCUUCAAGUAUCAGCUUCCGGGCGAGGAUCUUGACGCACUGAUCUCCGUAACCAACGAUGAGGAUCUCGAGCACAUGAUGCUCGAGUACGACCGCAUGUACCGUGCCUCCGCCAAGCCUGCAAGGCUCAGGCUUUUCCUCUUCCACCUGAACCCUCCCGCUCCGACGAGCUUCGGAUCCGGCGACCCUAAAUCGGAGCGGCAGUGGUUCGUCGACGCGCUCAAUUCCGUUCAGAUGCAGUCACUGGAAACAUCUUCGCCGCCUGCCGCAGCGGCGACGGGAAAUCCGGACUUUCUGUUUGGGUUGGAUAAAGGCCUCGCUCCGGACCCGGCGACGAAGCUGCAGGAUCCAGCGCCGGCGCCGGCAGUGGUAGUGCCAGACGUGUUUCCGAAAGGAAUACCGGUUGGGUUGGAUCCCGUACAUGAAGAUCGGCACGUGAUCGGGGAUCCUGUGGUAUCUUCGGCGGAGAUCCAGAGGCAGAUCCAGGAAUUACAGAGGUUGCAGAUUAGCCAUGAACAAGCUUUGCUCCAGAGAAAAUGCGACGAGAACAAUCCUAGAGCCUAUCCCGGCGAGUACUACCCUCAGAAAGUUCCAGAGAAACAUGCCCCACCGGCACCGGCUCCAUCGGCCGUGCCGGUCUCAGUUGCCCCUGGAGCUUACUGGCGAGAAAGGCACAUGACAACCGGCGGCUACCCGGUGUCAGGCGCAACCGGAGCCGAUCAACCAGUUUACAUCAUCCCCACGCCGGGCGGCGUGUACCAAACGCCGGCGAUCCGAACGGUUACCAGCCAGGUCGGUCAGGCGUACUACGGCGUGCAGCGGGUGGUGCCGGAGAUUUACCGUGAGCAGCCCGUGUACAAUGCGGCGCCACCGCAUCAGCAGGCAAAGGUUGGGGCUUAUGCAGAAGCCAUCGGAACGGUGCGACCGUCGGGGGUGGCUGACGCUGGGUAUGCGCAGGUUACUUACGACGGAUCGGGGAGGCAGGUGUACUAUACUGCGCCGGGAGCUGUAAUGCCGCCGUACCAGGCGGUGGCGCCCGUGGAUGGGCGACAGACAGGCGCGGUGGGUCAUCCAGAGGGUAAGAUUGUGGCGAAGGCACCACAAGCUUCUUCGAUGUGAUUUCUUUUUCUUUUAUUUAUUUUUUUCUUUUUUCUUUUUGCCGUGUUUUGAAUUUUCAGUAAAAUAAAGGGAAAGUAUAAAUUGAUAAGGUGGGGUUUGGCAGUGUACAUUUUACGGUAUCGAUUGUAAAUUUGAUGAUUUCUUAUUUCUGUGUUAGCAGUA